GUUCGAUUCCUCUUGCUUCAUCUACAAAUGCAUACUUUAUCUAUAUACGAUAUUUGUUUUUAUACCAUCUAUAAAAUAUCAAUUAUCGUAAAAGUAAUUGCUCGUUAUUGAUUUAGCGUUAUUGAUUUAGCGUAUGUGCACCUCAUCGUUACAGCACCCCUCACCCCAUAAAUCCAUCAUCCUGUCCUGUCUUACGUCACAUCUUUCUACAAGCUCUCAGGAACAGCCCGACUUAUCUAUUAACUAGCCUAUUACGCAGGCCAGCUACCAGCCCACAUUGAAUUACCGACCUAACUCUAUCUAUCUCUACCUUAGGUACUUUACUAGGCAUAACUACUAUAACUAAGCUACCUCUCUACUUAACAUACAUACUUAACAUACAUAGAGAGUUAGUUUUACACAUUCCCAUUUCCCACCUCCCAUCUCAUCUUCACUACCUACUACAGCCGUUAAUACGAUGGAGUCCUUUGCAAAACUCAAGCGUCGCGGCACCGACCUAAUCGGUUCUAUUCCCCAUAACUUACCCUCAAUGCCUCACCUACCUCAUCUACAACGCCCGGGAGGAGGAGGAGGAGGAGGUGCAGAUAAAAGUAAAGGUGCCCACACGAUGAAGGGCACCUGGCAACACAUCUCCAUCCCGCCUCUCCCACGAUCGUCACAUUCAAUUGACGUAGUGGCCGGCAAUGCAUACAUCUUCGGCGGCGAGGCCGAGUCCUCCCGCAAACCCGUCGACAACGACAUGCACAUCAUAGCGCUUCCCACGGGAAGUGCCUCUGCCGACUACUACAGCGUCAAGGCCAAACCUUCUCCCGAGCAACACGUUCCCGAGCCCACCCCCAUCACGGAGGAGGACGAGACCGCCGCUGAGCUUAAGGACCCUCUGACCGAAGUCCCUCUGAGCUCUCCCACCCCGCCUGUAGCCGGGGAAUCCUCGUCCGCCACAUCCGACCAAGCCAAUACCAACAGCCUCGGCAACGUCCCCGGCGCCCGCGUCGGCCACGCCAGCGCCGUCAUCGGCUCCCGCAUCUUCCUGUUCGGCGGCCGCAGCGCGGAGUCUGCCUCGGAGCCCCUCGACGAGCACGGCCGGGUCUGGGUCUUCGAGACCAAGACCCAUACCUGGGCGUAUCUAGACCCCUACCACAACAGCCCUGUGCCACCCCCGCGGAGCUUCUUCGCCGCAGUCGCUACCGACAAGCCGCGAGACUUCGCCAUCAAGCCCCUCCGCCGGACCGAGAGCUGGAAGGCGUGGGCCGAGGGCGACUCGGCCGAUGUGGGGAUCCCGCAGCGCCCGAUUGCGGGCAAUGUCGCCGCGCACGCGGUAGACGAAGAGGACGCGGGCUUCGGCACGUUCAUCAUUCACGGCGGCUGCACGGCAGAUGGCGGCAGGACGGGAGAUGUAUGGGCUUUCGACGUGCGCAGCCGCACGUGGAAAGAACUCCCAUCUGCACCGGGCCCCGCGCGGGGCGGUGCUGCCCUGGCCCUCGCCAAGAGCCGCCUCUACCGCUUCGGUGGAUACGACGGCGAGAAGGAGCUCGGCGGACAGCUGGAUGUUCUCGAUCUAGCGCUCGACGAGUUCGACGACCGCGUUAGCAGAGGCGAGAUCGGCGUUUUCGCGCGCGGCGAGUGGCAGACUCUUGCCCCGCCCGUCACUAACGCCCCCCCUCCAAGUGAGAGCGAAACGGCCAAGUUGGUACCUACAGAAGAGUGGCCCGGGGACCGCAGCGUCAGCAGCCUGGAACUCGUGCUCGGCGGCGGCGGACGCGAGUACCUCGUCCUCAUGCUUGGCGAGCGGAGUCCCAGCGCCGAAGGCCACGCAGGCGCCGGUCAGUUCUGGAACGACGUCUGGGCCUUCCAGGUGCCACCUAUCGGCAUGACAGCCGCCAGCGUCACAGAUGCUUUCCUGCAUGCUGUAGGGCGCAGAACGGGAGAAGGUAAAUGGACAAGGGUCGUCCCGGGACCGUAUGACGAAGACAAUAGCUUGGACGUCCAAGGCCCUAGUCCGAGGGGAUGGCUGGCUAGUACGCCGGUGGGCGACCUAGAAGAGAAUGGCGUAUUGAUAUUUGGCGGGCUGAGCGAGAAUAACCAGAGACUUGGAGACGGUUGGAUUUUCAGGUUGGGUUAAGCUAGGAUGUUGAAAUGUUAGCAAGCAAGCAAAUUUUUUUAUUUUAAGCUUCUGGGUUUCGAUAUCAAAUCUAGUUUCCUUGGUAACGGUUACGACUGGUUGGGUUAAAUGAUUAAAUGGAACCGAAAAGGCAGAUUUAUCAAAUAAGCAAAUAAAAAUGCCAGUUAACUCAAGCAAGACCAGAAAAUUGAUCGGGAUAUCUAUUACAGAGAAUGCGUGGGAAGCGGCGCAAGGGACGGUCUUCUUUUUAUGAACCGAUACAAAUAGAGCUUAUGUACAAAGUGUCUACGUUUACGCCCGUGCACCAAGAGGUCUCUCCGCUGUCUCUAUUUACAGGUCGCUUCU